UCUUUCAUGGCUAAAAGGAAUUGCUUGUUUUGUAAGAUGCAUUUUAGUUUCAGAUAACAUUUUCCCUAAUUUAGGUAACAUUUUUUAUUAAAUGCACAUGGAAAGUCUUCAGAUGAAAAACAUCUAGCAAAAGUCCAAAAUAAUAGUUUAGAUGUGAUAAAGGGAACCUGAUCCUAACUAGAAUUUGAUGUGCCUAUAAAGCAGUUACGAGCAGAGGAAUUUUUGAAGCAGGAUGAAAGUCACAGUCUGAGUUAGGAUCUAUCACGUAACAGUAUGUUGUUAAUAGCCGGCAGAGUAUAUCCUCAGUUAAAAAAAAAAAAAUCACCUUCUGCCCUCAGUACAGGCUCCUCUGUAAGCACCAGCUACUAAACUCAGAAGACAGAACAACCCCAUGGCUUCUAAACAGAAUCCCCUCCAACUCCUAAAGAUCCUUAAGAUAUUAGCAUUUUCUCAGAGUCUCUAACCCAUCUCUUAGUUUACUUUUACUCACUACACUCCAACAAGGGAACACCCCCACACAGAACAGUCACGUUUCACAUGAGAAUUAGGUUCUAAAGUCACUGGGAAAAUCAUGACCAAAAUUAUCCUUAAAAAUCUCUUAGCCUAUAAAAUAUAGUAUACCUGGAUCUGUGUCUAUAAACCUAUACCUCAGGAAGUACAAUGUAGUAAUAUGCAGGGUACAAUAAAAUACACAGGCAAAGUAAGUUACAGUAUUUUGACUGUAGUAUUGCCAUAGAAACACUGGUACUGAACGAGGGGACGCAACAGAGGCAGGCCGGAGCCGUUGCAUGACCCGUGGUAACCAGCGCGAGCUCGCCCGCCAGAAGAAUAUGAAAAAGCAGAGCAACUCGGUUAAGGGAAAGCACCGAGAUGAUGGGCUUUCUGCUGCCGCCUGCAAGCGGAGGGACUCGGAGAUCACGCAGCAGAAGCAGAAAAAGGCAAACGAGAAGGAGGAACCCAAGUAGCUUCGUGGCUUCGAUCCAACCCUCUCGCCCGUCACCUGUGUGCCUGGAGCCAGUCCCACCACGCUCGCGGUUUCUCCUGUGGCGCUCACGGGUCCCAGCUCGGAUGGCACGCCCUUCGCCCCGAGUCUGCAGCGGGUCCCUUUU